AUGACUCUUACACCCAAGCACAAGUGGUACGUAGCAUUUGUGAUUGCAGCCUCCACAGUCAGUGCUGGAGGAGUACGUUUAGUGGAUGGCCCAAACAACUGCUCUGGCAGGGUGGAGGUUUAUUAUGCAGGCCAGUGGGGUACAGUGUGUGAUGAUGACUGGGACCUGCUGGAUGCCAAGGUGGUGUGUAGAGCGCUGGGCUGUGGGGUGGCGCUGGAGGCCCCGGACCAGGCUCACUUUGGCCAAGGCAGAGGGGAGAUCUGGCUAGAUGAUGUGCAAUGUUCUGGGAAUGAAGAGGCACUGCUUGGCUGCAGCUCAGAUGGACUGGGGUCACACAACUGUGGACAUUCUGAGGAUGCAGCAGCGAUAUGUGAGGGCAGUCAGCCACCAAAGGGUCUGAUACAAGAGCUUCAGAGGACCCUUGUCAAUUUCUUCUGGUCUGGACAACACUGGAUCAAAGCUGCAGCCCUGUACCUGCCACUGCACGAGGGUGGGCAAGGCCUGGUGGACAUUUCCUCUAGGAUCACGGCUUUCCGGCUCCAAGCAGCCCAGAGAUUGUUGUACAGAGACUGUUCGAGCUGGGCUGAAACAGCCUACACAUUGAUGAGGAGAGCGGGCUGUUUGGGCUUAGACAAGCAUCUUUUCCUCUUAAAGCUGGAGGGGGGUGAUUUGACUGGCCUGACUCCAUUUUAUGAGUCUGUUAUGCAGGCUUGGAGAGUCUUUGUUAAGUCCCGUAAGGCCGGCACGCCACCAGGGAUGUGGCUUUUUGAAGAGCCUCUUUUUCAUAACACUGCCAUCCAGUCCCGUGUUCUGGGUUCAGCCAGCCUGCGUUCAUGCCUGUUAGGCGUGGGGUGCACCAAGCUGGGUCAUCUGAUGCGGAGCAGGAGCAGAUCGUUGGAGGAGCUGGGAGAAAGAGCGGGGAUCCGAUCAUCUCGCCUACUGAAGAAGGUCGUCGAUGAGGUCUGCGACUCGUUGCCAGUGCUUCAUCUGAAGUAUGUGACUGACACUUCCAAUUCUGAUCGGUGGAAGGAGGGUCUGGAUUAUGUUUUCCCUGCACUGAUUGUUAGUGCUGCGAUAGGGGCAUUUGAAGAGGAUGUGGGGAUGCUGCUUUCCUUCGAUACCCCGGAGCUGGGGGAGUUCAAGGAGGUGGGAAAGAAGGCCAUGUACAGAACAUGUGUCAAGGUGUCCCAUGCCUCUUCCCUGGAAGGGGUCAAAUCAACGAGGUGGGCGGAUGUGCUUGGUCCAGGUCCAUCCCCUUCAGAUUUCCAUUGUACGUACCCUUCAGAUCCAGAUUCCCAUUCUGACUUGACAGUGCGCCUAGUUGAUGGUCCCAACCGCUGCUCUGGCAGGGUGGAGGUCUACCAGGAUGGGAUUUGGGGGACAGUCUGUGAUGAUAACUGGGCUGUGCUAGAUGCCCAAGUUGUAUGUAGGGAGCUGAGCUGUGGACCAGCCACAGAGGCUCCUCACCAGGCUCACUUUGGUGAGGGGAGUGGCUCAAUCCUAUUGGAUGAUGUGGCGUGCAUGGGAAGUGAGGGAUCUUUACUGGAAUGCAGCUCAGGAGGGAUAGGAAACCAUGACUGUGGCCAUGAUGAAGAUGCCAGUGUAACUUGCAUGAUGGAACAAGAAGAUGCAUUUAGAAACAAUGGCAUUUCCAGAGUGCGUCUGGUCAACGGUCCCAACAACUGCUCUGGUAGAGUGGAGGUGUUUGACUCUGGCCAGUGGGGUACAGUGUGUGAUGAUGACUGGGAUCAGAGGGAUGCUCAGGUAAUGUGCAGAGAGUUGGGCUGUGGAGAAGCACUUGAGGCCUUUGGAUCUGCCAGGUUUGGAAAGGGCAGUGGCUCCAUCUCUCUGGAUGACUUGGCCUGUUCUGGCUCUGAAGACUCUUUGCUGCAGUGUCCCCACAGUGGCCUGGGUAACCAUGACUGUGGCCACCAUGAAGAUGCAGGAGUCACCUGCGCUGGUCCUACAGAGAACAGCAGCAUUUCCAGAGUGCGUCUGGUCAACGGUCCCAACAACUGCUCUGGUAGAGUAGAGGUGUUCCACUCUGGCCAGUGGGGUACAGUGUGUGAUGAUGACUGGGACCUGCUGGAUGCCAAGGUAGUGUGUAGAGCACUGGGCUGUGGGGUGGCGCUGGAGGCCCCGGACCAGGCUCACUUUGGCCAAGGCAGAGGGGAGAUCUGGCUAAAGGAUGUGCAAUGUUCUGGGAAUGAAGGUUCACUGCUUGGUUGCAGCUCAGAUGGACUGGGGUCACACAACUGUGGACAUUCUGAGGAUGCAGCAGCGAUAUGUGAGGGGCAGUCAGGUCCAUCCCCUUCAGAUUUCCAUUGUCCAUCCCCUUCAGAUUCCCAUUCUGACUUGACAGUGCGCCUAGUUGAUGGUCCCAACCGCUGCUCUGGCAGGGUGGAGGUCUACCAGGAUGGGAUUUGGGGGACAGUCUGUGAUGAUAACUGGGCUGUGCUAGAUGCCCAAGUUGUAUGUAGGGAGCUGAGCUGUGGACCAGCCACAGAGGCUCCUCACCAGGCUCACUUUGGUGAGGGGAGUGGCUCAAUCCUAUUGGAUGAUGUGGCGUGCAUGGGAAGUGAGGGAUCUUUACUGGAAUGCAGCUCAGGAGGGAUAGGGAACCAUGACUGUGGCCAUGAUGAAGAUGCCAGUGUAACUUGCAUGAUGGAAGACCCAUUUAACAAUGGCAUUUCCAGAGUGCGUCUGGUCAACGGUCCCAACAACUGCUCUGGUAGAGUGGAGGUGUUUGACUCUGGCCAGUGGGGUACAGUGUGUGAUGAUGACUGGGAUCAGAGGGAUGCUCAGGUGAUGUGCAGAGAGUUGGGCUGUGGAGAAGCACUAGAGGCCUUUGGAUCUGCCAGGUUUGGAAAGGGCAGUGGCUCCAUCUCUCUGGAUGACUUGGCCUGUUCUGGCUCUGAAGAAUCUUUGCUGCAGUGUCCCCACAGUGGCCUGGGUAACCAUGACUGUGGCCACCAUGAAGAUGCAGGAGUCACCUGCGCUGGUUCUGCUUCCGGGGCCUUCUGAAAGCAUGUACUGUAGAGCUCUCAUCCAUCCAGUCUAGUAGUAACAAUGGUCAACCAUAGAUACUGUAUGUACAUUCAAAUUCUAUUUCUAUGAUACCACCUCUCUCCUCCUGGGACAUGCUGGUGUGCAAAUCAAACACACUAAUAAAAAUACAGUACGGAAAACCAUUAUCUGUAACAAUUGAAUUCUGACCAGAGUGGAUUUUCUUGCCUUCAGCAGGGAAUGUGGCAUCCAACUAUUUAAAAUCCUGCCUCAUGUAUCAUUCAUAAAAGCCCUCUUUAAUGACACAAUGCCAAGAAGGUUGCUGUGUCAGAGUUUCCAGACUGAGAAGGUGAAGACAACCCAGGCCAGCCAAGCCCCAAAGGCCUUCUAAAUUUGAACUCCAAUAUAAUUCAAAUGCAAUCACAUGGGGUAUAAGAUUAGUAUGCAUAAGGUGUUGAAAAUUAUUUGUGUAGUGUUGACAAUACUGUAACUUCAAUUAGGAAGUGAACUGAAAUACAAUUCAAAAAAAUAAUCAGAGAAAAUAAUGGGCAAUUUUUUAUUCAUGGUUUUAAUUUAAAUUCAUUACAUGAUAUUUAGACAUUUAAAAGUUUGUGUUGACAUUUUUCUAGUUCUACUAAACAUUGUAUUUGUUAUGUCCCUUGCAUAGUUUGCUUUCUACAAGUAACAGGACCUUGAGUCAUAUUACCAGGCUAGUGUACUGUGAAUUAUUAUAAUUGACUCUAUCUUGGAUUAAAUCAAAGUAAUUAAUACUGUAUUGUUCUUCCAAGGUAUUUACCAUUUCUUUAUUUUCUUUGGGAUUUUACCCAUAUAUUCACAAAGUUGCAAGAGUAAGUUCACCUGCUAAAUUCCUCUCCAUCCACUCCAUCAAUAGAGAGCAACAAUAGGUCAUUGUUAGAUGAUCAAGGUAUCUAAUUAAGCUUUACAAUAUAGGCUAACUUGAACAUUACACUUUUCCCAAAAUAUCAAUAGGAAUAUAUUUUUCAUUUUACAUUCUUAUUGUCCUCCUAUUUCUCACCCACAAUCACCAUAAUGGUUUCACAUUGUCACGUUAGGCUUAUGCACUGCUGUUCAAUGAAUUAACAUUAGACAGAAAUAACAUCAGACAAUCACAUUUAUGACAUGAAAGAGGCCCAGCAACUCAGCUCAUUUCACAGGGUGAGCCUUAAUAAUCUCUAUUUAGAUUCUGAAUAUGCAAUCAGGCAAUUCCAUUUUAUGCCAGAAGAGGGAUACAGUCCAGUUUUGGUGUGCUAGAGCAGGCAGAUCUCAAUUCACAUCUGCUACAAUUCUGAUAGGACAUUUAAAGGAUUUCAAAUUAAUUAAUUGAUUGUGUAAAUUGUUGUUUGGGCUUUACUUUAAAAAAGAUGGUCUCUUUUUAUAGAGGGAUGAAGAGACCAAGUGUAUGCCAGACUCAUGCAGGUGAAGGUCAUGGACUCGAUAACUUCCUUCCUCCUUCCUCUUCCUUCUUCCUCACCCACUCCUGUGUUGGCAUUGGUCUAUGUUUUAUUAAUGGGGAAGUCGCUGGCUACAUGGCUACCUCUAUAAUUAAUGUAGUUUAGCAUUAGAAGGCAAUGUGUUCUGGGGAGAAGGACAGGAGAAAUCUGAUUAUGAUGAAUGGACAGUGCAUAUCAAUGAGACCAGAGAAACAACCUGUCAUUUUGUCUAUGUGUAAUAAACUACGUAACACUA